AUGCUGCCUUCGUCUGUAGACCCAAAUUCCACUCUCAGGAUUUCCGGGCUGGAAACCGAAAACCCGCUCCUGAAAAUCAACCACACGGCGUACCAAGGUGAAUGGACCAAUUUAAACGGAUCUGAGUUAAUUUUCAACGAAAAUGGAGAGUUUGUCGCCAAGUCUGCUUACAGACUGAACCUAACUGCUGGAACUCUGGUUCCGAAGGGCAAAGAUGAGGACGCCGAAGGGCCCUCUACUACCAAAAGAUACUCGCUGCUUCAAUCUGCCCUGGCAAGAAUCGAUGCUCAGAAUUCGGGGAAGAAGGACUAG